GCGCUCUUCCUCUGAGAGACGUCUGAACAGAGAGAGGGUGGGAUGCAAGACAGCAUGCGAGAGCUGGCAACAGAGAAUGGUUGGCUCGCUCACCAUGCAGAGAGGCAGUGCGAGCAUCGGAACCGUUUGACAGCAUUUGAGGACAAACCCGUUCUGAACUUCUGUCACCACCUCAACGUUCUAUUGCGACCAAUGGUGGAUUGGUGGAAGAAACUCACUGCAUAAUUGAGGGAGGCAUGUGCACAUUUCGAGACACAUCCGAAUCUAUUUCAGGAUCAGGACGAAUCCUGUGACCACUACGCCUUUGAGAGGGGAAAUGUCAAAGCAGUGAUAUCGAAUGCUGCUUUGCAAAUACGGUAUUAUGAACUGUUAAGGAUGGACGAGCUGAUGUUGUCCUUGUGACUGAGAUUUGACGACUUUCCACAUUACAGUGCACGUAGAUAUGUUUUGCUACAGUACAUAGGAUAUCCUAUUUAAGACUAUGGUUCGUGUCUGACGUAAUGCAUUUAUAGUGGACACCACAGAAGACAUGUUUCUCUCCACCAGCAGUGAGUCUGUGAAGAUAUAGGCGUUGAUCUAAAGAGAAAACAUUGUUUUGUCCAGCAUGCUUGUCAACCUUCAACUUCUUCAAUAUAGCAUCUGGAUACACAGUCUGGGAGACCAUAAGCUUGAACAGUAGUAGCUCCACACCAGCCCAAGAGAAAGAAGCGUGCCGCCGGUAUCUCAGUGGUGCUGAAAAGACAGUUCCUCGUUUCAGGACUCCCAAAGUUGACUUCCACUGAAAGCGUCUGAUUUUCACUGCUACAGAGCCGAGAGUUAGCUAAAUACUCCAAAUGGAUUAUUAUUUGGCUUGACGGCGUAAGCCCGACUGUUCUCUUGGGUUACAUGGCUGUGGCACGCAAAAUAAAAACGUUGCUCACGGUUAACAUUUUUGUUUUUGUGGGGAUCAUAUUGUUCUCAGUGUACUGCAGAAUACAAGACCGUUCUGAGGAACUCAUUCAGAUCGGCAGGAUAUCAGACCAGAGACUGAGAACCAGGAAUGGAAAAGUGUCCAAUUUAGUGGACAGGCAGUCUAUACUUCAGAGGCUGGAGCGGCUCGAGGACGUUGUCUACAACCAAUUAAACGGGCUGGCGAAGCCCAUGGGGCUGGUGGAGGGGCCUGGGGGGCUGGGCCAGGGAGGAGCAGCUGCCACUCUGGGUGACGACAGCCAGGUUGACGGGGAGGGGAAGUACGAGGAGUACGGCUACAACGCCCAGCUCAGUGACCGCAUAUCCCUGGAUCGUAGCAUCCCGGACUACAGACCCAAAAAGUGCAAGCAGUUGACCUACCCAGAGGACCUGCCUCAGAUCUCAGUGGUGUUCAUCUUUGUGAACGAGGCCUUGUCGGUCAUCUUGCGGUCCGUCCACAGCGUGGUCAACCACACCCCUGCACACCUUCUCAAGGAGAUCAUCCUGGUGGACGACAACAGCGACAGUGUGGAGCUGAAGUUCAACCUGGACCAGUAUGUGAACAAGCGUUACCCAGGCCUGGUAAAGAUCGUCCGCAACAGUAAGAGGGAGGGCCUGAUUCGAGCCAGGAUACACGGCUGGAACGCUGCAACAGCCCCGGUCGUAGGCUUCUUUGAUGCCCAUGUAGAGUUCAACACUGCCUGGGCGGAGCCUAUCCUGACCAGAGUGAAGGAGGACCACACCCGGAUCAUCCUCCCGGCCAUCGACAACAUCAAGUUCAACACGUUCGAGGUGCAGCAGUACGCCAACGCGGCCCACGGCUACAACUGGGGCCUGUGGUGCAUGUACAUCAUCCCCCCCCAGGAGUGGCUGGACAAGGGCGACGAGACAGCCCCCAUCAGGACACCAGCUAUGAUCGGCUGCUCCUUUGUGGUGGACAGAGAAUACUUUGGCCAGAUCGGCCUCCUCGAUCCUGGCAUGGAAGUCUAUGGAGGCGAGAACAUUGAGCUUGGCAUGCGCGUGUGGCAGUGCGGCGGGAGCAUGGAGGUGCUGCCCUGCGCCAGAGUGGCGCACAUCGAGCGGACAAAGAAGCCGUACAACAAUGACAUUGACUACUAUGCCAAGAGGAACGCCCUGCGGGCCGCCGAGGUCUGGAUGGACGAGUACAAGUCCCACGUCUACAUGGCCUGGAAUAUCCCCAUGAAUAACCCUGGGGUUGACUAUGGGGAUGUGUCUGAGCGGGUAGCCCUGAGGAAGAGACUGCAGUGUCGGAGCUUCCACUGGUACCUGGAAAAUGUCUACCCAGAGAUGCGCAUCUACAACAACACAAUCACAUAUGGGGAGGUCAGGAACAGUAAGGCCAGCGGCUACUGUCUGGACCAGGGAUCAGAGGACGAUGACAAAGCCAUUCUCUACCCCUGCCACGGGAUGUCCUCACAGCUUGCCCGUUACUCAACAGAGGGCCUGCUGCAGUUAGGACCCCUAGGGUCAACCACCUUCCUGCCCAAUACAAAAUGUCUCAUUGACGACGGAAGAGGGCGCACGCCCAGCUUGAAAAAAUGUGACUCUGUUUCGCGGGUUUCGCAGAGGCUGUGGGAUUUUACACAGAAUGGUCCAAUCAUCAGCAGGGACACUGGACGGUGCCUGGAGGUGGAGAUGUCCAAAGAUGCCAACUUUGGCCUUCGACUGGUGGUGCAGAGGUGUUCUGGUCAAAAGUGGAUGAUACGGAACUGGAUAAAGCAUCCAAGGCAUUGAGCCUCCUACUGGAUUCUGGCCUCGCAACUCUCUAAUCGUUAAAACCCACCCACAGAAUAACAGGUCUUCACAAAGUACUGAAAGCGUUCCAAUUUAUUACGCUCAGCAAGAAACUCUUUUCCCACUGUAUUUUCUGAUGCCCAGCCAAAAAGUGAACAACUUUGAAGAUAAAAUAACUCUCUCUAAA